AUGAACGAACAUGAUCAGAUCCCGAAGCCGACCAACCGGAAGCCUGGUCGACAGGAUAAUCGGGACACUGGCAAAUUCUGCCGGUACCACCAGCAGAACAGCCACAAUACCGAAGACUGCAUCAGUCUGAGAAAAAUUGUCGAGCGUUUGAUUCGGGAAGGAAAGUUGGAUCAGUACCUCGCCAGGCCACCGCAGGCCCCAGCGCUGAACGCGAAUCGGCAGAUCAACAUGAUCAACAUGAUCAGCGGCGGCAGAUGGGAGCCCAUCACAUUUUGUGAGGAAGAGGAAGAGGGGAUCAUCUACCCCCACGACGACCCAAUGAUCAUUCGGGCCGAGAUCGCCGAUUACGAUGCGGGUCGGGUGCCAAUGCAAGCUCGGUGA